UUUGUUUAGGCAGUAGGGAGUUUCUGCUAGGGUCUGGAUUGGAGUUACACGCAGACCGGACCCUACCGUGUAUGAGUGGUGUCUGAGGAGAAAAAGAGGAUUCCCCUUUCCGCAAAGAAUCUACAUGUCUAAUAUUUAGACAUGUUCAGCUUUGUGGAUAUUCGGUUAGCGCUCUUGCUCAGCGCAACAGUGCUUUUGGCGAGAGCUCAAGGCGAGGAUGAUAGAACAUUUGGCAGCUGCACAUUAGACGGACAGUUGUACAACGACAAGGAUGUAUGGAAACCAGAGCCCUGCCAGAUCUGCGUCUGCGACAGCGGAUCCGUCAUGUGCGACGAGGUGAUCUGCGAGGACACAACUGACUGCGACGACCCCAUCAUCCCAGACGGAGAGUGCUGCCCCAUCUGCCCCGACACUGAUGUCGUGGGACCAGUGCCUGAGCCAGGAGACGUUGGCCCCAAGGGAGACAACGGUCCAGUUGGUCCUCCUGGUAACGAUGGAAUCCCCGGACAGCCUGGACUCCCCGGCCCUCCUGGCCCCCCUGGUCCCCCUGGCCUUGGCGGACCCAUUCUUCAUCCUUUCACUUCACAGAACUUCUCUCCUCAAAUGAGCUACAUUGACCCCUCCAAAUCCAGCGGCCCCCCUGUUCCUGGACCAAUGGGUCCUAUGGGUCCCCGUGGUCCUCCUGGACCUUCUGGCUCCUCUGGUCCUCAGGGAUUCACCGGACCCGCCGGAGAGCCUGGUGAGCCCGGAGCUUCUGGUCCCAUGGGUUCUCGCGGUCCUGCUGGUCCCCCUGGAAAGAACGGAGACGAUGGUGAGCCCGGCAAACCUGGACGUCCUGGUGAGCGUGGAGCUGCUGGUCCUCAGGGUGCUCGUGGAUUCCCCGGAACCCCCGGACUCCCCGGCAUCAAGGGACACAGAGGUUUCAGCGGUCUGGAUGGAGCUAAGGGAGACUCUGGUCCCUCUGGCCCCAAGGGAGAGGCUGGUGCCCCCGGUGAGAACGGAGUCCCCGGUGCCAUGGGCGCUCGUGGUCUUCCUGGUGAGAGAGGCCGCCCUGGACCUCCUGGCCCUGCUGGUGCUCGUGGUAAUGAUGGCAACACUGGUGCUGCUGGUCCUCCUGGAGCCACCGGACCUGCUGGAGCCCCUGGAUUCCCCGGUGGUGCUGGUGCUAAGGGAGAGACCGGUCCUCAGGGAGGCCGUGGAAAUGAGGGACCCCAGGGAGCCCGUGGUGAGCCUGGUAACCCAGGACCCUCUGGACCCGCCGGCCCUGCUGGUGCCCCUGGAUCUGAUGGUUCCCCUGGUGCUAAGGGUUCUCCUGGUGCUGCUGGUAUCGCUGGUGCUCCUGGUUUCCCCGGUGCUCGUGGUCCUGCUGGAGCUCAGGGAGCUGUUGGUACUCCUGGUCCCAAGGGUAACACUGGUGACCACGGUCCCUCUGGUCCUAAGGGAGAGCCCGGUGCCAAGGGAGAGCCUGGCCCCGCUGGAGUUCAGGGACUUCCCGGCCCCUCUGGUGAGGAGGGAAAGAGAGGACCUCGUGGAGAGCCUGGUGGUGCUGGACCCCGUGGACCCCCUGGAGAGCGUGGUGGCCCCGGUGCUCGUGGUUUCCCUGGUGCUGAUGGAGCUGCUGGUGGCAAGGGUGCCCCCGGUGAGCGCGGUGCCCCCGGAGCGAUGGGAGCUCAGGGAGCCACUGGUGAGUCCGGCAGCCCUGGUGCUCCUGGCGCCCCUGGAUCCAAGGGUGUGACUGGUAGCCCUGGAAGCCCCGGCCCUGAUGGCAAAGUUGGACCUGCUGGUGCUCCUGGACAAGACGGCCGCACCGGACCUGCUGGCCCCGCCGGAUCCAGAGGACAGCCUGGAGUUAUGGGAUUCCCCGGACCCAAAGGAGCCGCUGGUGAGAGUGGAAAGCCUGGCGAGAGAGGUCCCGGUGGUGCCGUCGGCGCUGUCGGUGCUCCUGGCAAAGAUGGUGAUGUUGGUGCUCCUGGACCUUCUGGUGCUGCCGGACCUGCUGGAGAGAAAGGUGAGCAGGGACCUGCUGGUCCUCCUGGAUUCCAGGGUCUUCCCGGACCCCAAGGUGCUACUGGUGAGACUGGCAAGCCUGGAGAGCAGGGUGUUCCCGGUGAGGGUGGACCCCCUGGCCCAUCUGGACCCAGAGGUGAAAGAGGAUUCCCUGGUGAGCGUGGCGGCCCUGGACCUGCUGGCCCAGCUGGAGCUCGUGGUGCUCCUGGUCCUGCUGGUAACGAUGGAGCCAAGGGAGAGCCCGGUGUUGGUGGUGCCCCCGGUGGUGUCGGAUCCCCCGGUAUGCAGGGAAUGCCUGGUGAGCGUGGAGCAUCUGGUCUCCCCGGUGUCAAGGGAGAGAGAGGUGAUGGUGGUGGCAAGGGAGCUGAUGGUGCCCCCGGCAAAGACGGCGUCCGUGGUCUGACUGGUGCUAUUGGAGUCCCUGGACCUCCUGGUGCUCAGGGUGAGAAGGGAGAGCCUGGUGCCAUGGGAGUCGCUGGACCCAGUGGACCUCGUGGUUCCCCUGGUGAGCGUGGAGAGACUGGACCUUCUGGACCUGCUGGAUUUGCUGGACCUCCUGGUGCUGAUGGUCAGCCUGGUGCUAAGGGAGAGACCGGAGACACUGGACCCAAGGGAGACGCUGGUGCUCCUGGACCUGGUGGACCUGUCGGAGCUGCUGGACCUCAGGGACCUGCUGGACCUCCUGGAGCUAAAGGUGCUCGUGGUGGCGCUGGAUCCCCUGGUGCUACUGGCUUCCCUGGACCUGCAGGCAGAGUCGGACCCCCUGGCCCUGCUGGAGCUGGUGGACCCCCCGGACCCCCCGGACCUGUCGGCAAAGAUGGAGCAAGAGGAGCUCGUGGUGAGACCGGCGCUGCUGGUCGUCCCGGUGAGGCCGGAGCCGCUGGAGUCACAGGACCUGGUGGAGAGAAGGGUUCUCCUGGCGCUGAUGGUGCCCCUGGUAGUCCUGGUUUGCCCGGACCCCAAGGUAUUGCUGGACAGCGUGGUGUUGUAGGUCUCCCUGGACAGCGUGGAGAACGUGGUUUCACUGGUCUGCCCGGACCCGGAGGUGAGCCUGGAAAGCAGGGACCUUCUGGACCUGUUGGUGAGCGUGGCGCCCCUGGACCUGCUGGACCCCCUGGACUGUCUGGUGCUACUGGAGAGGCUGGUCGUGAGGGAUCUGCUGGACACGAUGGUGCACCUGGUCGCGACGGAGCUCCUGGACCCAAGGGAGACCGUGGUGAGUCUGGUAUGCCUGGACCCCCUGGACCUCCUGGAACUCCCGGAGCCCCCGGAACUGUCGGCCCCUCUGGCAAGAGUGGAGACCGUGGAGAGGGUGGUCCCGCUGGCCCUGCUGGUCCUUCUGGCCCUGCUGGCGUCCGUGGUCCUGCUGGUCCUGCUGGAGCAAAGGGAGACAGAGGAGAGGCUGGUGAGGCUGGAGACAGAGGCCACAAGGGACACCGAGGAUUCAGCGGCAUGCAGGGUCUGCCCGGACCUGCUGGAGCUCCUGGAGAGAGAGGACCCGCUGGUGCCUCCGGACCUGCUGGACCUAGAGGGCCUUCUGGAUCUAGCGGUACUGUUGGUAAGGAUGGUAUGAAUGGUAUGCCCGGACCCAUCGGACCCCCUGGACCUCGUGGUCGCAACGGAGAGAUGGGACCUGCUGGUCCUCCUGGACCUCCUGGACCUCCCGGACCCCCUGGAGCACCCGGUGGUGGAUUCGACUUCAUCAGCCAGCCUCUUCAGGAGAAGGCCCCUGAUCCCCUGCGUGGAGGCUACCGUGCCGACGACCCCAACGUCCAGCGCGAUCGUGACAACGAGGUCGACACCACCCUGAAGACCCUGACUCAGAAGGUUGAGAAGAUCCGCAGCCCCGACGGCACCCAGAAGAGCCCCGCCCGCAUGUGCCGCGACCUGAGGAUGUGCCACCCUGAGUGGAAGAGCGGCAUGUACUGGGUCGAUCCCAACCAGGGCUCCGCUCUCGACGCCAUCAAAGUCCACUGCAACAUGGAGACCGGUGAGACCUGCGUCCCCCCCACACGGUCCAACAUCCCCAUGAAGAACUGGUACCAAAGCAAGAACUCCAAGAAGCACGUCUGGUUCAGCGAGUCCAUGACCGGUGGAUUCCAGUUCCAGUAUGGCACCGAUGGAGCUGAUUCCGAGGACGUCAACAUCCAGAUGACCUUCAUGCGCCUGAUGUCCAACCAGGCCUCUCAGAACGUCACAUACCACUGCAAGAACAGCAUCGCCUACAUGGAUUCCACCACCGGCAACCUGAAGAAGGCUCUGCUUCUGCAGGGAUCCAACGACGUCGAGAUCAGAGCCGAGGGCAACAGCCGCUUCACGUACAGCGUCAGCGAGGACGGCUGCACGUCACACACUGGCGCAUGGGGCAAGACAGUCAUCGACUACAAGACGACGAAAACAUCCCGCCUGCCCAUCAUUGACAUUGCUCCUAUGGAUGUUGGUGCACCUGAUCAGGAAUUUGGCGUCGAAGUUGGCCCCGUUUGCUUCUUGUAAAAAUGAAAGAAAUAUGGACAUGACAUUGUUGUUUUUUUUCUAGCAGUCAUCUCUAAAUCCUUUUUUCUAUGCAUUCAAAACUCACAUUCGGCUGCCAUUGGUCCACAUGCUUUAAAAAAAAACCACUCUACUGAAGACGGUGUUUGUGUUUUUCCCAGUCAUGAGAAGUUCUUUUUUUGGGGGACUGCUACUUCAACCGAAACCAACCGCAAGGACACUUUAAAAAGAAUCUUUUGUUUCCACUGGCAACAAGAAAAUAAUAUAUACUUGUGUAAACAAAAAAUUUCCCCCCUGGAGAUUGAGAGAAAAAGAUCUGCACACGCAAUGAAACACAGGUGACUUUUGCCAUUUUCUACCGCUGCAGAAGGACAUUGAAAACAACAAAUGAUAUGUACCAUUUUUCUGGUGUUAAAUAAAUUGUAAAAAGUGUGAAGUGUCUUCUUGUUCUAAAUUCACAAGAAAAAUGAAAAAAAAAACACCUGAACAUUGGUCAGACAAAAGAGCAAAACAACCAAGCUCACCUUCAUUGCAAUCUGUAGAUGGCUACCUCAUAACAAGAAGUCACCCCCAGCUUUUCUUUAAUGAAAAAGGGGAUAUUUUACACAAGCCGUCUAUUGGGGGAACAUUAAACAUUCAACGGUGCUAUUACCAAUUCAAUGAGGUCCAGUUAUUGGUGUUUGAUGGUGAAACUCGCUGUCAUACUGUAAUCGAUGCCACUAAUGCCUGCAGAACCUUUGGUGCUACUCAAUCGACUUAUUGUCUUGUUGUCUAUGCAGUGCAAUUGUUUUCUUCUUAAGUGUUGGUUUAAAGGUCCUCUGGAAAGGUGAUCACUGCAGAUGUAAUGCAUGCAAUCAUGUCUUUUGUAGAUAUAUAAAAAACAAGCAAGUGACUCUGGUUACGACAUCAUUUCCCUGCCCAUGUGUUCAGUGUUGAUCCUUCUGUCUGUUUGAACCCCCCUGUGGAAAAACUCCUCUUCACUAAAAAGAGAAAAACAGCACACGUCUCCCACCCUGUUGUUCAUGUUGUUUGUUGAUGUCUUUUUCGCGAAGGGUUUCUUAAAAAAGAAUUUGAAGCAGACCCACUUUCAUGGUUUAAAAAGAGAGAUUCUGUACUUAUUUUGUACAUGUAUAAUAAAUCGAGAUGUUUUUAAUUAUUUUGGGUGCUGAAAUAAAGCAUGUGAAGUGGUCUACUCA